AUGAAGCGCUUCGAGAGGCACAAGUCCAGCCUCCCCUCCACUCUAGAAUCCCUCCAGUUUGCAUACUGCGCUAACCGCUCCACAGAAGAUGCCAUGACCUCUGCCCUUCACCCAGCCCUGUCCCACAUGGAGCGAAAGGGCAGCUGUGCCAUCUACGAUGCAGGGUUGCACACGAAGGACCACCCUUCCCACAUCCACUUCACCCUCCGACCCUCUGGCAGGACGUACCGGUGCAGCCCCGCUGCCUCCUCCAGACUACGCAACAGUUUCAUUCCUCAAUCUAGGCUGAAGGAGCUCAAGCACAGGGAGUUCCUUCGCAACGUGGCCUCGAAGUCGUGGAAGGACCAGCGCAAGCAGGAGAGCGCGCGCUGAGGACGCCUGCACCACCUGGCUCAGCUGCAGCAGGAGGCCCAGCGGUGAGUGGAGCGCCGUGCGUGUGCGGGUGUUUGCAGAAUCCCGGGGAGGACUUGCGGUCUGAGAGGCCUGAUCAGGACCGACCAGACUGAGAGACGACAGCAGGGGAGACAUGGCGACCCGCAAAAAAGUGACCCCGGAGACGGACCCGAAUCCUCCAGACUCAGCCAGAGACCUCCCCAGGCCAAGACGACUGCCCUCGUCAGCCAGCAAAAAGAGCCACGCCAGCCUCCGUAUCGCCAUCCCACGCCUCCUUGCCCCAGGAGUCCAUCCUGGCUCCCCCCGCCUAUCUGUCCUGAAGGAGCCUCUCCAGCCCCACGUUCGGCCUCCUACGCGGAGCCUCCCGCCGCAAAUCCCCGGUCACGCCUUGGCUCAGACGCCGAGCCGCCUCUCCCCAGACAGGGGAGCAGAGGAGGGAGGCCGGGGGUGUCCUUCUGCUUCUCCCGCAGGGGGCCCAAGCUGGAGCCGUCCGCCUCCGUCUUCUCCGAUGCCGAGGAGGAGGAGAGAGAGAAGAAGCAGCGGAUGAGAGAGAGAAGAAAGGGAAUAAUGGAGGACAUAGAUGAGGAGAUCGGGGCCGGAGAGGCAAGGAGAGCGAAAACGCACAGUGCGAGUGUGGAGGAGAAGCCUCGGCCGGGCUCUGAUGAUACCGGGCCAGGAGGUUCACAGCCUACUCCCGGCGCCAAGGCUGCUCCAGAGGAAGGGAAGAGAGAGAAAAGAGACGAGAUGAAAGGACGCUCCAUUUCCUUUCCGUCGCCUCGUUAUGAGGCACAUCAGACGGACUUUGCGCCCUUAUCCCCGCCGCGAACCCAGGGGACCGCGCGGACGGCGGAUCCGGACCCCGCGGGAGUGCACAUGCCCGGCUGCACUCACGCUGACCACGAAGAGCGGCACAGGGAGCGGGAAGGGCGGGGGGCGGGGGAGGGAGGGGGGUACGUGUGCGUGCUGGGCAAGGACGGCUCGGCCAGUCUGAGAUGGCCCGUCGGGUCGCUGAAGUUCACCAGGUGUGAGCCGCGCCUCUCCUACAGCUGCAACCCGUGCUGCCGUAGCCCCCCGCCAGCGAGACCCCCACUGCCAUCUGCGAACCGCCCGGGCGAAACCUCCGAGGUUCCGCGGGACCCGAACCAGAACCGAUUGCUCGCUCCCUCGGAGGAGUCCGGCUCACACGUGCAAGCUAUUCUGACACCGGAGACUCUGUUCUUUGUAGAACCGACAGCGGACGAGGCGAGAACAAACGCGGAGGAGGAGCCGGAGGAGAACGCACAGGCGAGGAGGGAGGAAGACUCGCACCUGUUUCCACAGAGGGGAAGCCAUUCAUCGCCGGGCGUAGGGCAGGGAAGAGGAGAGCGCGGGGCGGGUGCGGAGGAGAGCGAGGGGGCAGCCCGCCAUCCGUUCGACCGUGCUCACGGUGACGGCUCUGACACAAACUCCCAGAAUCCUCGGGGAGGCGGGUCGCGGGGGGUGAGAGGGAUCGGGGAACGAGCCGUCACUGCCCUGAGCUGUAAAUUAGAGUCUGUCACCCGGCCCAGCACACAAAGUGCUAGCGACAGCCCGUCCAGGUGCGAGUGUGGCAGCGAGGCGGCGUGCCGGCCCCGUGCGGGCGUCUCAGGAGUGUCGCGCAAGCGGGGAGGAGAACGUGUUGAGAAAGACAAGCGGGCCGGGGAGGCGUCAAACCAGCGGCGGGCGGCCAGGUGCAAAGUGAGGAGCGUCGUCUCCGCGGUGUCCGCCCCGGCCGGCGCCGACGCGAGAGGCAAGGGAGGGCGGGGGACGCCGGGAAAGAGGAGGGCGGGGGAGAGGGAGGGCGGGGGGAGGAGAAAGAGGAGGAAGAGGAGGAGGCGUAGGAGGCGGGCAGCCGGUGGGGGCUGUCUCCUGGGAAGAUGCGAGGCUGGGUCGGUAUCCGUCUCUGUCAGGAGGACGGCGCCUCAUGGGGACGCCCGCCUGCCGUGGCUGUCGCCGGCAGGCGGGGCGCGGGCAGCGCGGUGCCAGACCUGCUCCCGCGUCGGCCGACAGACAGCCGACGGAGACGCGGCGAGGGAGGCGAUGAUAGACGGAGACGUGCCGGUUUCCCCCUGGCAGCCUCGCUUCCCCUCGCCCUCUCCGGGAUUGAACUCGAAGUUGUUUUGGGGGCAGCGAGGUCACCAUGGCCACCCCGGGAGUUCCGUCGACUGCCGUUACCCUGACAACAGCGGCGUUGGCAGCCCGGCGAGAAAGAGAAAGCUUCUCUGCGGGGACAGGAAACGCGUUCGCCGCGAGGGGAAAGGGUGGGGGUCUAGAAGCAGACCGGGGGAGGUGGUGGAGCAGGUGGCCAGGUUCAGCCCGAGUCCGCGGUGCUGGAGCAGGAGAAGCAGACGGCAGAGUUCGGAGGAUGUGGACUGGGAGAGGUGUAGUCUGGACAGAUGGACAUGGGGGAGCAAUGACAGUUGGGAGGAUGGCGGGGGGCGACGGGGGUCCACGUCGGGCUCCGGGGAUGGCCGGGACAGCCCCAGCUAUGUGUGGAGGUGGACAGCGGGCAGACGCUCAAGCCCCGAGUGGUGGACAAGCCGGCGGGCCAACAGCCCCCGCGGCGUGUACGGUACCCGGGCCGGCCGAGGGUCCUGCAGCCCCAGCAGCAGCACUGGCCUGUCCGAGCUGAGCGGGGAGUGGAGCAGGAGCAGCACCCGUUCGCGCCUCACUGCGGAUGGGCUGACGGUCAACUCCCGCAGGGAGGCCAGCCCAAAGAAAACGCCAGUGGCCUCCCCAUCUCAUUCGCUCCCCGGCAUGGGCGUGGACCCUCUACGACCACGUCCACCCAAACCCUCCGACCCAAAGCCUUGUCGCUCCACUCCCGACGCCGCCAGCUCAGGAAGACCUCCUUCAGUGGAGCUGCCAUGUGACACUCCUCCACAGAAAGCAGGCAGGACGUUGCACCUCCCUCUGAUAGGGAAACUCCCUGCGAUCCAGAGGAGGGCGAGGAAGAGAAAAGAACCGGAAGAAAAGGGCGAGGAGCGAGACGGAGAGAGAGAAGGGGAGGUUAAGGGAGGCAGAGCCGUCGCCGGAGCGGCCAAGGACGAUCGGCAGUAUCCUUGGGAUGUGGUUGUCUCACACCCCGGCUGCUUGCCCUCUCUCAGCCAAUCACGGCUCAGAGCUGACGACAAACAGACAGAUGGGGAGAGAGCUCCACCAAUCAGCUUCAGGCCGGAGGAGAUGGAUAAGUACCGCCUCCUCCAGGAGCAGGCGUGGUUGCACAUGCAGAAGGUUUUAGAGCAGACACCGCCGGUUGAAGACGUGCACGAAGAGACGAUAUACCCGGGCGUGUGGACCUACACCUCACAGAUAGAGACCCAACGCAUCAUAGAGGAGCAAUACACACCCCCUCCGCAGGAGCCCUACGCUCAGCCCAUCCCACAAGGACUCCCAGACCUCCCCCCUCCCCUUCCCUCCCCGCCAAUCCCCAGUCUCCAUCACGUCAUCCUACACCACGUAUCCCCCACCGCCUCCGCCUCCGCCCUCCACCUGCACCCGGCCCACCUCUCUCACCCGCUAUCCUCGCCCCACCCCUCUCUCCCACACCACUCCCACCUCUCCGCCUUGUCAAUCUCCUCCCUGUUCCCCUCCAUCCUGCUGUCCCACCCGCCUCCUCUCCCCCUCCUCCCUCCCUCCCCUGCGCUCCACCCAGCCCCGCUUGACCCCCUCUCGCCGGUCUCCCUGCAGACCCUGAACCCGCGGCCCUUCGUAGAAAGAGCGUGGCCGCUGAGGUUUCAGCAGAAGGCGCUAUAA